CUAUUGUGGUGGGGAAUUGCAGCCUUAGCUCAGCGAAGAAGACGAAAAGUUGAACCAUUCACAAGCAAUUCGGUGAUGCGUGAUCCGAGCGACAAGUCCAGCUGCUGUUUGCCCUUUCGCGAAGAAUUCCAGCGCUCCAAAUUCUCGCUCCACCAUGAGGAACCGGCGGACUUCUGUCGCUCUCAGUGGCAGCGUGGGGAGCGUUGCUUCAUUUGGUUAGUCUAUCGUUGGCUUCUGGCAGCUUUCUUUGGGGCCGGCGUUAUUGGCAGUUUAGUGGGUUCGCUUAAUGGUGGCACUUGGUUUAUUUAUCUGACCGACUGGGGCUUCACUCUAUGCUGGUAUGCAUGCACCUAUGGCGCUGUGGUGGCCACCAUACAUUUUUGGAAACCACGCUACUUUGUUCCCGGCAGCUGGGCGCUGAAAAUCUAUUGGAUCUCGCAUUUCUCCACCGUCACACUAGCCCUAUUGAUAACGCUGGUGUUUUGGGCAGCAUUGUAUCCGACAAUGCCCGAAAUGGGCGCUGAGCUUUAUAAUUUGUGGGCUCAUGCCUUUAAUACAAUCUGCAUGCUCUUCGAUUGCUUCAUGGUUGCCUUUCCCACACGUCUCAUGCACUUUAUUUAUCCGUUCGCGAUCGGCUUGAUCUAUGGCGUGUUCUCGCUCAUUUACUAUUUGGCGGGUGGCGAAGACUUUGCUGGUAAUCGUUUCAUCUACUACAUCCUCGACUGGUCGAAGCCGGGUCUUGCCAUUGGAACUGUGUGUGGUUGCGUGGUUCUGAUGACGCUUUUCUGCAUACUCAUCUUCUGGAUCUAUAGACUGCGCCUGUGGCUCUAUGGUCGUUGUGUGAAGAGCAAUAAGAAGCAAGCGACAUCAGCGUCUACAGAAACUGUGCAAACUGUUUAAAUAAUACUAAUUAGAACAAAUAAAGGACUUAGUUUUUGUUAAAUGUAUAUAUUUUAAA